AGACCUGAUGAGGAGGUGGUGGUCGACCAGGGAGGGACCAGCUCAGUGAUGAACAUUCACUAUGAGAAAGAGGAGCUAGAAGGACACAGGACUCUGUUUGUGGGGGUUCGGAUGCCGAGGCAGAGCCAUCGGCACCACAAACCCCACGGAUCCCGCCACCGCAAGAAAGAUAAGAGGGCAGGAAGUAUCACGAACCAACAAAAUGAAGAAAGUGAGGCAGCCGGUAGCAGUCAUGAUACACCAUCCCAGCGGGUCCAGUUCAUCCUGGGCACAGAGGAGGAUGCCGAGCACGUGUCCCAUGAGCUGUUCACCGAACUGGAUGAGAUCUGCGUGAAGGAUGGCAAAGAUGCCGAGUGGAAGGAAACUGCCAGGUGGCUGAAGUUUGAAGAGGAUGUGGAGGAUGGUGGAGAGAGGUGGAGCAAGCCUUACGUCGCCACACUUUCCCUUCACAGCUUGUUUGAGCUGCGAAGCUGCAUUAUCAACGGCAGCGUGCUGCUGGACAUGCGGGCUGACUCCAUUGAAGAGAUAGCAGACAUGGUGCUGGACCAUCAGGAGGCGUCACAUGAGCUGGACGACAGCGUGAGAGUGAGGGUGCGCGAGGCCCUGCUGAAGAGACACCACCACCAAAACGAGAAGAAAAAAAACCUAAUUCCAAUCGUACGCUCCAUCACUGAGGCCUCACGCAAACAGUCAGAGCCUCAAGUAGCAGGGUCAGCCACGUCUCCCCAGCCUCCUCUGCCGACUGAACCAGCCAAAAAUGGUGCCGGACAGGACAACACUCAAGUGGACCUCAGUAAGGUUGAUUUGCACUUUAUGAAGAAGAUUCCUGAGGGGGCAGAGGCUUCAAAUGUGUUGGUUGGAGUUUUGGACUUCCUGGAGAGGCCCGUUGUUGCAUUUGUACGCCUCUCCUCCGCUGUCCUGCUCACCGGACUCACUGAGGUCCCCAUCCCCACCAGAUUCCUCUUUAUCCUUUUGGGCCCCGAUGGAAAAGCUCAGCAGUACCAUGAAAUUGGACGCUCAAUGGCAACCAUCAUGACAGAUGAGAUCUUCCACAAUGUAGCAUACAAGGCAAAGGACAGAAGUGACCUGUUAGCAGGGAUAGAUGAGUUUCUGGACCAGGUGACUGUCCUACCACCAGGAGAGUGGGACCCUUCCAUCCGAAUAGAGCCCCCAAAGAACAUCCCCUCUCAGGAGAAGAGGAAAAUGCCAGGAGUUCCCAACGGCACAGCCUUGCAGGUAGAGGAACUACAACAUGCUGAACACCACGGGCCAGAACUGCAGAGGACAGGAAGGUUGUUUGGUGGCCUCAUACAGGACAUUAAGAGGAAAGCUCCAUUCUACGUGAGUGACUUUAAAGAUGGCCUCAGCCUCCAGUGUGUGGCCUCCUUCCUCUUCCUCUACUGUGCCUGCAUGUCUCCUGUCAUAACCUUUGGUGGACUCCUGGGGGAGGCGACUGAAGGACGCAUUAGCGCCAUUGAGUCCUUAUUUGGUGCGUCAAUGACUGGAGUGGCCUACUCUCUGUUUGCUGGUCAGCCUCUCACCAUUCUGGGCAGCACUGGCCCUGUACUGGUUUUUGAGAAAAUACUCUUCAAAUUCUGCAAGGACUACGAUCUGUCAUAUUUGUCACUCCGGGCUUGCAUUGGCCUGUGGACGUCCCUGCUGUGUUUGCUGUUAGUGGCUACAGACGCUAGUUCUUUGGUUUGCUACAUCACUCGGUUCACAGAGGAGGCAUUCGCUGCCCUUAUCUGCCUCAUCUUCAUCUAUGAGGCCUUGGAGAAACUGCUCCACCUGGGAGAACUGUACCCUUUCAAUAAAAACAGUGAGCUGGAUAAACUCACACUAGCAUACUGCAGGUGUGCAGAGCCUGAUAAUCCCAGUAAUAUAACUUUAGAGCUGUGGAGUGACAGAAACAUCACUGCCUCAGCUGUAUCCUGGGAUAACCUGACUGUGAAGGAGUGUAUCAGCCUACAGGGACAUUUUGUUGGGACAGCAUGUGGGCACCAUGGCCCCUUCACCCCAGAUGUUCUCUUCUGGUCCAUCAUCUUGUUCUUUUCAACAUUCUUCAUGUCGGCCUUCCUCAAACAAUUCAAGACAAGUCGUUAUUUCCCCACCAAGGUUCGUUCAAUGAUCAGUGACUUUGCAGUGUUUCUUACAAUUGUUGUCAUGGUCUUGCUCGACUUUGCCGUUGGAGUGCCAUCCCAGAAGCUGAAGGUGCCGAGCAAAUUCCAGCCUACUAGAGAUGACCGUGGUUGGCUGAUCAAUCCUAUAGGGCGCAACCCCUGGUGGACAGCCUUGAUUGCAUCUAUACCUGCUCUUCUCUGCACCAUUCUCAUCUUCAUGGACCAACAGAUAACUGCUGUCAUCAUCAACCGCAAAGAGCACAAACUACUGAAAGGCUGUGGGUACCAUCUAGACCUGCUGAUGGUGGGGGUGAUGCUGGCUGUGUGCUCCAUCAUGGGAUUGCCGUGGUUCGUGGCAGCCACCGUGCUGUCCAUCUCUCAUGUUAACAGCCUGAAACUUGAGUCGGAGAGCGCAGCCCCAGGAGAGCAGCCACGCUUCCUGGGCAUCAGGGAGCAGAGGCUCACAGGCCUGGUUAUCUUCCUGCUUAUGGGCUGCUCUGUGUUCAUGACCGGUGCCCUGCAGUUUAUUCCUAUGCCUGUGUUGUAUGGAGUUUUUCUUUACAUGGGAGCAUCCUCAUUAAAAGGCAUUCAGUUCUUUGACCGCUUGAAGCUUUUUGGUAUGCCGGCAAAGCAUCAGCCAGACUUCAUCUAUCUGAGGCACGUUCCCUUGAGAAAGGUGCACCUGUUCACUCUCACUCAGCUCACCUGUCUGGUGCUACUCUGGGUAAUCAAGACCUCUCCUUCGGCAAUCAUCUUCCCUAUGAUGGUCCUGGCUCUGGUUUUUAUACGUAAACUGCUGGAUUUGUGCUUCUCUAAACGAGAGCUAAGCUACCUAGAUGACUUAAUGCCUGAGUGGAAGAAGAAAAAUUUGGACGAUGCCUCCAAAAAGUUGGAAGAGGAAUCGCAAGAAAUGCUCAGCUUAGAAAAAGACGAUUCAGCUACUGUUCAGAUUCCCAUGGAGGGCAGCAGAGUUGUUCAAAAAGCACAUGAUCCCAAGUGUGAUCCCUCUGAUAUUAACAUAUCUGAUGAAAUGUCUAAAACCACUGUGUGGAAAUCCCUCAACUCUAAUCAAAAGGACAUUCGCCCUGUGGCUACUAAAAAGGAUUGAAGGGAUCGCAUUCAUUGAUGAGUAAAGACAUUCAGCUGUAUCAUCUGGCUGUAGCUCUGGACCACAGGAGGCCUCAGAUUGACCACUUCAACCAAAACAGCCUCUUCAGAGCACACAGAAAAAAACUGUGUCAGCCACAAAUAUACAGAAAUUGUCAACUGUGCAGUACACCAACUUGUGUACUUCUGUCUUUUUGAGCUCAAUACAGCCCAGUAAUAUAAUUCUGCUCCACAUCCAAGAGGACC